AUGGAUCAACUCAAGGGUGCUUUCAACAGCUUCUCUGGAGGCAACCAACAGCAGAACCCACAAAACCCACAAAACCCACAAAACUCCCAACAGCAGCCCGGUCAACAACAAGGUAGCUCGAGUGACGGGGGCUUCCUUGGAGGACUCGGCAACAAAUUCAACUCGAUGGCUGGUGGAGGCAAGGAGAGCGAGAAGAACGAAGACUACGUUGACAAGGGUGUCGACUUCGUCCAAGAGAAGUUCCUGGGGCAAGGCCCCCAAAACAACGAGAGUGCCCUUGAACAAGCCAAGGAUGAACAGAUCAGUGAUUUCCUCCGUAACCAAUACAGGAGUGUGACCGGUAAAGAGGUCCCCAUCAAAGACAAGGAAACCAAGUUCUAG